GUUUAUUCAAAUUUUGUUAUAAUUCUAUUUAAUAAAACUAAAAUGUACAAAUAGAUAUGCUUUUUACCCUUUAUCGCAUCUAUGUGUUCUCACUAGUACUUGUGCUUAUUUAUAAUUGUCGAGUUAAAUCUUUUAAAAUAAGAUACGGACGAGAAAAAAGUCGAAUUGAAAAAUUAAAAAAAAGAAAAGGAGCUAUUCUGGAUAAGUUAAACUCAUACAUAAAGACUAGAGGUUACGGGCUUUUACCAUUGAAAGCAUUACCUGAAGAUUCCGAUCUACUUCUUCUUCCAGAAGAAGAACCUGAGACAUUUCUUAACCCUUCCGUUGAUAACAGUUUGUAUUUGCUGACACCUGAGGCCGUUAGAAGGAAGAAGACUAAGAAUCCAAUAAUCCCAGUUGAUUUUGAUAAAUUUAAUACUCUCUUCAGAAAAAUAUCAUCGCUUAGAACAUACAAAAGUAACAUUGACUACGAAAAUCGACCGGGAAAGGUGGAUCCUGGCGGGUACAGAGUAGACUUUGUUGAGACUGAUCUCUGGGAUAUACACCCUAGUAGACUAAGAGUUAGAGGACUGUACGAAUAUGAACUAAAGGAGCCUAUGAAAAGGCACGAAUUCGAUACUGGAUCACCUGAAGUUGUAGUGGCAGCUCUAACUGCAAAAAUAGAUUAUUUAACACACCAUUUAGAAAAUAACCCAAAGGAUGUACAAGCGAAAAGACAGAUCACAAAACUAGGAUUUAAACGUAGAAGAUUAUUAAAAUAUCUGUUUCGCACUAGAAGGGAAACUUAUGAUUUGUUGACAAAAACAUUCGAUAUACACUACGAUGAUGACUUUUGCCCACUUAAAAAGAUAAUAAAGAAAAACACACACCGCUAUCACACAAAAACUAAGCGUUACCGUUCAGCAAAGGAAAGAAAAAACGAUUUACCCAGGAAACCUGAUUCUAUAUUAAUUUGA